GCUCAGUUCAAGGACAAACCAGUUUACAGGCGCUGGCUCCUGGAUGCUCUUCCUGCUGUUGGCACACCAGUCAUUGUAAAAUUAUUCAAGGAGAAGUUCCUGGCUGGUGAACUUACCAUUCCAGAGUUCAUUCAAGCUCUUGUGGUUGCUCUGCAAAUGGUCACUGCUGAUCUGGAAACCAUCCAGUUGACAGCUAGUUUGGCUUUGCACGAGAAAAUUGCCACAAUUCCAGCUCUGCGUGAAGUCGUAAUGCUUGGAUAUGGUUCCAUGAUUGCCAAGCACUGUGUUGCAGUUCCCACUUGCCCCGCUGAGCUCCUCGGGCCCAUCCAUGAGAUUGCUGCAGAGGCCAUUUCCAAGAAUGACAUUCCUGAAAUCACUUUGGCUCUUAAAGUUCUCGGCAAUGCUGGUCAUCCUGCUAGUCUUAAACCCAUCAUGAAGCUCCUACCUGGACUGAGAACUGCAGCUACUUCUCUGCCCCUUAGGAUACAGGUUGAUGCCAUCUUGGCCCUGAGGAACAUUGCCAAGAAAGAGCCCAAACUUGUUCAGCCAGUGGCCCUACAGCUUGUAUUGGACAGAGCUCUCCACCCAGAAGUGCGCAUGGUUGCUUGUAUUGUGUUGUUUGAGACCAAGCCAUCAGUGGCUCUCAUCUCCAGUCUUGCUGGUGCUUUGAAACUUGAGACUAAUAUGCAUGUUGCGAGCUUCGCCUAUUCUCACAUCAAGUCCUUGACCAGAAUCACU